AUGGACUCUCUACGCAACCGACGCAAGGCUGUGCCUGCAUCGCUUAAUAUGAAAAACACCGAUAAAUUCUUCCCUGCCAUGACCUUGGUGCAAAGACCGGUAUCGAGCACCACGGAUUUCUUCGACACAGACAUCGAAGACAGUGACUCGGAGAAUGAAUCGCCCCGGAUGAGUCUGGACUCGUUCGGCUAUGACAGCAAUUCUACUCUUUCUACACCUGACCCACCAACUCCAGACAAUGCUCCCAGACAGCCUUUUACAUUCCGUGACGACAAGUUGGUCCGGGGUCCAUCGGGGCCUCAUCUCUUCCGUUCAUCGGUCGCCUCGUCGACAUCGACGGAAAUUGACCUCUACUUUGAGAGAUCGCCCGUGUCUUCUCAGUUCCCCAACUCUGCCGCGGCGACCCAGUUCUCCCACUCCACCAUUGCAACUUCCCAGUUCCCUCAAUCGGCUGCUACAACCAACUUCUCUCAAUCGUCGGUUGGAACUAUGCCCAACUCGGCUGCGACUACCAACUUUUCCCAAUCUGCUGGAACUCUUCCUAACUCAGCUGCGAGUACCAACUUCCCUCAAUCGUCUAUUGGGUCCGUCCCUAGCUCUGCAGCUGCAACUCACUUCUCUCACUCAUCCGUCGGGACUCUUCUCCCCAACUCUGCAGCUGCAACCCACUUCUCCCAGUCGUCUGUCGGGACCCCCCUUCCUAACUCUGCAGCUGCAACCCACUUCUCCCAGCCCGAAAUUGAGACUCCCCCACUCCCCCUGUCCGCGGCCAACAGCCAGUUCUCUCACUCUACAACUGAGAGCUCCAGUGCUCCGAACCCAUCCAUGUUCCCUGCAUACACUCCCGAGGCCAUGCACCCAGAUGUUUCCCAGGUGGAAGAGGCUGAGAUCCGAAACUGGGCGCCGGGUCAGGUCGCACACUGGAUGCACAUUGCGGGCUAUGACGACUCCGUGAUUGAGAAGUUCCUUAUCAACGAUAUCAGUGGAUCGGUUCUCCUCAACCUCCAAAUCGAUGACCUCAAGGAACUCAGCAUUCACUCUUUCGGAAAGCGUUACCAGAUCAUGGGCUCCAUCAACCAUCUGCGCAGCACCAUGCUCAAGACUCGACCUGAAUCUCGACGUGCCACUUCUUCGCCCAAAAGACGAUCCUACACAGUGUCUGUCUCUCCAAAUGGGGAAGUCCUCUCCCACAAUCUUCCUGCACCGGCUGGCAACCAGAUCACUCCUGCUGAGUCGGUCUCGAUCGUGGGAAUUGAGCAGCUCCUGCCCAAGCCCCACAGCUGCUCCAAGGGUGAGAACUGCUCCAAGUACAGAAGGAGACAGCGUCAGCUGGAAAAGCUCCGUGCAGAAUACCCAGACGCCGUUUUCCUGCCUGGCGGUGCUAUGCUCGCCGGAAACCCCGGGAACCCGGACACGGCAAAGAACUUGCUGCGACCCAAGUCCGAUGCUCAGCCUUCGGUGGUCGCCUCGUCGGAUGUCUUUGGACCAGCCCAGGAAACACCCAGGCUGUGCCCAGAGAUGCUGAAUGAAGUGCAGAAGCUGGACCCCCAGGAAACUGUGCGACAGUUCCUCAGCUACCAGCACGUGGACGAUGCUCCUUCCUCUUCUGAGGAAGAGACCGAGCCCGUACAGACUUUCUCUCCUCCUGCUCCCGAGCCUAGUACGAACAUGGCUGCCAAUCUUCGCAACCUUCCCAAACUGCAGAUCCCAACGGAUUCUGACUCCGAUGAGCUCACCACCGCUACUGCUACGGCUCAGCGGACCAUUACCCCAGGCAUGGCCAACCGGAUUUACGGUUCCCCCACAGCAGUGCAGGAGUAUGGCCCAUUCACCGGAAGAUACGCGAGCCCCGGCGAUUACUAUCGCCAAGGUACUCCCUUUUCCGAGAUGGAUGUUCCCCUCACCGCCAUCCCCAAUGGCCCCGUCGCUCGGGAGACUUCGCAAUCUGUCCCCCCUGAUAUGCGCUUUGGGAACUUCCUUCACCCGCAGCGCCAGGAUCCUAUCAUGCGGAGUGCUUCCACUCGCCCCGGAGCUGGUACGCCUUUGCGCCGCGUUAACGAGGACCGACCUCUCACACCGAUCGAGAACCCGGAGGACCUAAAGCGGAGCCCUCGUAUCGGCUUCCAUGCCCCUAGCUCCUCCAACUCGUCGCUCUCUUCCGAUCCCGAUGUGACUCGAAGCGGCUACAUGAAGAAGCGAAAGACAACGCGCUUUCUCCGCCAUGACUGGCAAGAUGCUCAUUUUACUUUGCGUGGGACUAACCUGGCCAUGCACAAGGACGAGCUCGAAGCGCACCGCGCUUCUCUUGCGUUGGAAUCGAUUGACGUCGAUGAUUACGCUGUUGCCUGCUCGUCGCUGGCCAGCAACUCCAAACUGUCAGCUGCAUUCAAGCGGUCCAUUCUGCGUAAUGGAAACAAUCUGUCCAAAGAUGAAGCUGCUUUUGCCUUUUCCCUGAUUCCUUCCUCCAAGGAGAAUGAGAAGAAGGCAUUCUUCAGCAACAAGGACGGAAAGAGCCACCACUUUGCUGUCAAGUCUCGUGAUGACCGCAUUGACUGGAUGCGGGAGUUGAUGCUUGCCAAGGCCCUCAAGAAAGGCAGAGAAGGUGGAGGUGAGGUGCAAGUCAACGGCAACUUCAUCUAG